CUAGAGGGAUGGCUCCUGGAAGACUGUGCCUAUAUAAUGUGGCAAUCCACUUGCUGUCUGGGGAGCUGUACUCAGACGAUCACUCGAAGUUUGUCCAUCAUGAAGCUCUCUCUGUUUGUGGGCUGUGUGGCGGUGUCUAUCCUGGCUGCGGCCUCAGAACAGACAUUCGAUUCAAUUCUGGAUGAAGACUGGAGGAACUGGAAAUCAGAGCAUGAGAAGCAGUACACUGAGGGUGAAGAGAGCUACAGGAGAAUGGUCUGGGAGGACAAUAUGAGAUUCAUCAAACAACACAACCUGGAGCAUUCGAUGGGAAAACACGGAUUUACCGUGGGAAUGAACCAUUUUGGAGAUCUGACAAAUAAAGAGUUUAAUGAACUCAUGAAUGGAUUCAGACCAUUAGAUUCUAAUAACGUGAAUGUAGUUGAUGAAUUUGGUGGUGACCGAAAUGAUGAGGAGGCCGAUGAAGAUGAAAAUGAUGAUUAUCUGGAAGAUGCCACUGUUGACUGGCGUGAAAAAGGAUAUGUGACUCAAGUGAAAAACCAGGGAAAUUGUGGUUCCUGCUGGGCUUUCAGUGCGACUGGGGCCAUUGAAGGACAGUGGUUUGCCAAAACUAAACAACUGAUUCCUCUUAGCGAACAGCAGCUGGUUGACUGUAGCUCAUUAUAUGGAAACGCUGGCUGCAGAGGUGGAUGGAUGUCAAAUGCCUUUGAAUAUGUAGUCAAUAGUGGUGGCAUCAAUUCUGCUACAGAUUACCGUUAUGUAGCAGAGCAAAAUAACUGCUCAUUUAUGAUAAACAAGAUUGCUGCCAAGAUCAAACACUAUGCCUUUGUCAUUCGAAGAGUUAAAUAUUUAUCAAGAGCAGUGGCAAGGAUUGGACCAAUAUCUGUUGCUAUUGAUGCAAGUAAAAGAAGUUUCCAGUUUUAUAGACAAGGAGUUUACAAUAAUCAACAAUGCUCUGCACAUCUCCCAAACCAUGCAGUGUUGGUGGUUGGAUUUGGAAAAAUGGACAACAAUGAUUAUUGGCUGAUUAAAAACAGUUGGGGAACAGGUUGGGGUGACCAAGGUUACAUCAAAAUAUUGAAGAGUCGAGCAAAUAUCUGUGGAGUUUUAAAUUACGCAGUCUAUCCAAUUGUGUAAGGAGUCAGAUGUUAAACUCGAAGUUCAUUGAACUCCGCCUGAAAGAAUGAUGGAAACAAUCUGCUGAUGCUGACUCAUUUGACACCACUGCUUUAACUCUUGCUGCAAUUUGAAAGCGUGAAAUAAUAUCAGAUUCUGCAUAUUUUGAUAGCUUCAUGUAAAGGCCACUGUCAUUGUGUGUUUGAUACAUGUAACCACUGUAAUAUCUAAGUGACUACAAUCUCCAGCUUGUGGAGAGACAAUGGCCUGAAUCUACUGCUGAUGUUGAGCGAUAUAAUAAACACUGCCAGCAAUCA